CUGUAGUUUUGUGUGUAAUAACAUCACACUAACCAGAAUGGUGCUUUUCUGUUUGCUUAACUCAGAGGUGAAGGCAGAGCUUCAGGUGAACAGAAGGAGGUUGUACAAAUCUGUAGCCAAUGGAAAAAUAGUUUACCCAGAGGAGGGUGUGUCUGUCCCCAUGUGGGGUGUGCAUUCUGAUUGGUCAGAGCUCCAGUCUAGUGAUAGCCAUGGGGCGUGGCCUGUGUAUGACAGCGACUCCCAGCCGAGCUCCCUGGAUUCAGGCUUCAGCCUAAAUCAGCUGCUCCCCCUGAGAACGCCUCUGGAGGGGAGCAGUGGGACUCUGUGGACUCCAUCCCCAACACAGAGAGGCCACUGCUUUGUUUGUGAGGACCGCACAGGCAGCGAGAGCAUCCCAUCAGGGAACGGGGUCCUAGACACUCCAACUACGCCAAUUACUGGGCCAGGAUCACUUUUCCUGAAGGACCAAAUGCUUGGGGUAAUCCCACCCAUGCGAGGGCGAAGGGAGCCCUUCCACAGCCCUGCUGCCACMCCCCAACGCCCUACCCUGCUCCCCCUGCUGCCGCUGUUUGGGACUGGGGAGAGUCUGAACCUCAGCCCCUCCCUCCUCACAUCCCCUGCCCGGGGCCUCAGCCACUGCCUGUUGCCUGAGGGCCAGGAGGAGCUCCAUGAUGUCGGAGGGUGAAGCUGAAGUCAGGCAUGGCGAGGAGGUGGCUGUCCUCCCUGAGUGAGGGGAGGAAGGGGACGUCACCUGGACCCCCAAGCAACAGCAACUCCCUCUGAAGUCAAAGACCAGUAGCACAGGACGGCACCGCAGAGCCAAUGCCUCCACCAAGGGUCCCCUCGCACCCCUCUUAACCUGAAGAAGAAGUGUGUCAACGGCUUCAUAAGUUCUGCCGCAUCAACAGGAAGACCUACCUCCGUACCCACCCUGGCACCCCAUCUACUGUGGUCACCAAGGAGCUGGCCAGCCUGUGGCACGUCAUGCCCAAGCAGGAGAGGCAUGUCUACUGUCUGAAGGCUCGUCACUUCAGCCGCCAGCAGAACCGUAACGUGAGGAGUGAAUUGGUGGAGGGAGGCGGAGAGGAAGAGGACUGUGUACCCAGCCCCCUCCACAUGCUGCUGGCCCAGAGAGACCUGUGUGCUGCAGCCAGAGGAGGCCCCUAGAGUAGCUACUGACCCUUCACUGACCAUAUGCAUCUAGCAUUGGAUGUCCAUAUUUAUACUGUAUCUGUCCAUAUUCAAAUCAACAAUAUUGUUUAUUUAAGAAACACUGUAUGAGUUAAUUAUGAAGUUCUUUGGAGUUUAAAUUAUAUUCUCAAACACAGACACUUAAUCUCUGUCUAGCACAGUGGUUCUCAAAUUAUAUACGUUUUUUAAAGGAAGUCAGUCCAACUUUAAACUGACUCUUGAAGUUGUAAUAGUAGAAUUAGGUACUGAAAUUAGGUACUGAAUCAUCAGUCCCUCUUGUCAUGUUUGUCAUUGCAUACCUUAGAGAGCUAUGUAUAACUUGUCAAAUGUCCAGAACAACUAGCCCAUGUCAGCUAACAUUUUUUUAUUUAUGUUUUUUAGCCCAUAGAUAUUGUUGUAAUU